AAAUUAAUCAGUUUAUUCAUCAAUGAAUUGUUCAUUUAUUGAUGCAAGAAUCGAUAAAAAAGAUUUUCAGAAAUUAAAAUGAAAUUAAGGCGGCCAUUUCAGAAGCUGUUCAUGAACUCGUUCACAUCAGAAAAGAAAUGUGUCUGCUAUAUUUGGAUGUUUUGUUUAAUGAUCACUGGAAUAUUUUCAUUUUCUGUCCAGGUUUGGAACAAUUCGGCUAACUACACAAGAAACCAGCAACAGGUUGCAGAUGAUCUUGUAAAUUGCACGAAGUCAAAUUCAUGUAAGCAAAAGAUUCAGAAUGUUAUGGAAACUGCUUGUAAACCAGCUUCUAAAAUUGCCUUUGCAAAAGUUCAUAAGACAGGGAGCUCUACUCUGCAAAAUAUAUUACUUAGGAAUGGUUUGGAAAAUGAUUUAAAUUUUGCUUUGCCCGAAUCCUCCUGGAUGUUUAACUCCAAAAAACCAUUUGAUAUUAUCGAAGUUUCGAGUCUUCCAUGGGCUCAUCUUGGAUUUGAUUUAUUCAUUUUUCAUAGUAUCUGGAACUAUGAUGAAGUAAAGAAAAUUUUACCUUCUGCUAUAUACAUCACAAUUCUAAGGAACCCAGUUGAUUGUUAUGAAUCUAAUUAUGUUUACAUGAACUUAAAGAAUAUUUUUAAAAUGGACAUUAAUGAGUUUGCCAAGAGAAAGGCUUCAAGAAAUGUUAGUAGAAACUUGAAACUCCCAAUAGGGAAAAAUCAACAGCUGUUUGAUCUUGGAGUUCCACGUGACAGCUUAGAAAACAAUGCUUUAGUUAAAGAAAAGAUAAAGGAGUUUGACAAACAGUUUGAUUUAGUUUUGAUCGCUGAACACUUUGACGAGGGAUUAGUGCUUCUAGCAGACAAACUUUGCUGGGAUUUAAGGGAUGUAAGGUAUUUAAGACAGAAUGCUAGAAAACUGGAAUUUGUUUCCGACAUUUCUUCAGAAUCUCGGAGUAUGCUUAGUAAUUGGCUGUGGGCUGACUCUCUUCUUUACCAACAUUUUCUGUCUAAAUUCAAUACAGAAGUAUCAAGGUUUGGCAAGGAAAAGUUGGAAGUUGAAGUUGAGCGUCUACGAUCCAUGAACAAGGUGUUGGAACAAGAAUGUGUUCUUGAGGUCGCUGAUAAUACUAAACUUGGAUCAGAAUACAGAAUGGCUGCACCGACAGUAGAAGGAUAUGUUAUAGAUGAAACUAAACCUUGGUGUCCCAAGUUUGGUUUUAGUGAACCAUAUUUCUACGAGCUGGUCAAACAGAAAAUGUAUAAAAGGACUGACAAUUCUUUAAAUCCUAUAACCAAGAAGAUGGGAUUUGCUAGUUUAUCAUCGCAGGUGAAACAGAACCAACAAGAAAAACAGCAAAUAUCGACGAAAACAAAAAUGAAGAAAAUACGACUAUAACAACAGAAGACAACAAAGAUAGACUAAUGAAGAGUAGAAAUUAAAGCUAGCAUUAAGAAUUUGAAAGAAAUGGAUAAAUAGCUUUAAUUCCAUAGCUAAUAGGAGGCAGUGAUUUUUAUUACUGAAAAAUUUUGUUUAGCUGUCUUUGAUAUAACGUUUUUUAUUCAGUUAAUUGAUGAAUUUGAUCACACAUUUUCUUUUACGUUUUUGUAAAUAAAGAAAGUUUUCAUUUAA